AUGUCUGACGACGAGGAUUUUAUGCAAGAUUCUGACCAGGAGGGGUACGAUUUUGAGUACGAGGAGGAUGACGAUGAAGAGAGUGGCGAUGUCGAUAUCGAAAACAAAUAUUACAACGCGAAGCAGAUGAAGGCGUCAGACCCUGAGGCAGCCAUUGAAGAGUUUCUAGGUGUACCAGCAUUGGAGACUGAGAAAGGUGACUGGGGCUUCAAAGGCCUCAAACAGGCGAUAAAGCUCGAGUUCAAGCUCGGGCAAUAUGAUAAGGCCGUCGAACAUUACACCGAAUUGCUCACUUAUGUGAAAAGCGCUGUUACACGAAACUACUCUGAAAAGUCCAUCAACAACAUUCUUGACUACAUAGAAAAGGGCUCUGAAGACGAAAAGGCUGGCCACUGCAUGGAGGAGUUCUAUUCACACACACUACAAUCAUUUCAGAGUACCAACAACGAAAGGCUUUGGCUAAAGACCAACAUUAAGCUUUCAAAACUGUUCCUCGACCGCAAGGAUUAUGCUGGUGUCACGAAGAAGAUUCGAGAGUUACAUGCCGCAUGCGAGAAAGAGGAUGGUACAGAGGAUCCUAGCAAGGGCACAUACUCUUUAGAAAUCUAUGCACUCGAGAUUCAGAUGUAUGCCGAAACCAAGAACAACAAGCAACUCAAGCGGUUGUACGAACGGGCACUCAAAGUUAGGUCAGCGGUGCCUCAUCCAAAAAUUAUGGGUAUCAUUCGGGAAUGCGGCGGCAAGAUGCAUAUGAGUGAGGAGAAUUGGAAGGAUGCACAGAGCGACUUCUUCGAAUCAUUUCGCAAUUACGACGAAGCCGGUUCCCUUCAGCGAAUACAAGUGUUGAAGUACCUGGUGCUAACUACCAUGCUGAUGAAGUCGGACAUCAACCCCUUCGAGUCACAAGAGACUAAGCCGUACAAAAACGAUCCUCGAAUUGCCGCAAUGACAGAUCUUGUCGACGCUUAUCAGAGGGAUGAUAUCCAUCAGUACGAAUCCGUCUUGAACAACAACAAGGACUUGCUAUCAGACACGUUCAUCGCCGAAAACAUAGAUGAAGUAACACGAAACAUGCGGACCAAGGCAGUCCAAAAGCUCAUUGCCCCGUAUACCCGUUUCAACCUCGCCUUCAUUGGCAAAGCCCUUAAAAUCCCUGUCUCUGAAGUCCAGGAUAUUCUAGGUUUCUUGAUUGUCGACAAGAAAGUCAAUGGAAAGAUCAAUCAACAAGAUGGAACGGUAGAGAUCGAGGAUAACAGCGAUGCAGAACGUCUUCGUGCCAUGCAAGCCUGGACUUCAGCUAUAGGAUCCUUAUACCACACUGUCUUUACUGAUGGCGAGGGUUUCAGACCUUCGGAUGGGAUGGAUGAGGUUGGCAACACUUUGAAUUCUUUUGGAGGUGCUGGACCGAGAGCAGUAUGGAAUGGCCACAAACUCAGGAAAGGUGGGAAGGGGAAGAGUGCCUAUCUGCCUUGA